CAAACCUACAGCGUUCUUUGGAGUCAGCGCACCGAGCUCUGGGCAAAUUUCUUGCAGUUCUUCCUCUCUUUCCUUGUUUGUUUCCACCGAGAUUCGCUUGGGAUGGAAGCGAGCGAGAGGAAAAAAUGGGAGAUUCGCGGCCUUGCUUAGCAAUGUGGUAAGCGAAUCACGCCAUUCGCAUGAGAGAUUUCUCGGCUGCUGAGCUGUUCUCCAUUGUCUCGCCGCUGUUAGGGUUCUUGACGAGAGGCGCUGGGAUUGCCGACGCAGGGCAGCGUAAUUCGUCCAUUCCGCCAGCGCCAUUCAAUCGCAUUCAAAGAGGGAGGCUCGCGAGGUCCAGAUCGAUCGGAUUUAUGAGAGUUUGUGCGAGGAAUUGACUCCAGUUCGUCGGUAGCGCCAGAGCGGAGACAGGAGAAAGGGAAGCCCCAAGCCGAGGGCUCACGCUUCUCUCGUUUCUUGGAGCUCCGGUCGGCCGGGGGAUCCCGGCGCUCGGCGGCGCCAGAAAUUUCGAGGCAUCGAUCCAUCGGCAGCGAUAUUUCGAGGGAAUUCGGGAAGAACACAGGUAGGGGGAAAGAUCACCCCUCCAGGCGCGCGGCGGCGCCAGAAAUCGCGAGGCAUCGAUCCAUCGGCAGCGAUAUUUCGAGGGAUUUCGUCGCAAGAACAAGGUAGGAGCGCCAAAGAAUCAAUGCAACAGUCGCGAGGAGCAUGAUCUUCGGCGACGCAUUGGCAGGCACAGAAGCAUCGUCGCCAUGGCUCGGCGGAUCAUCGCCGCGGUCCACCAGCACCGCAACGCUUCCAGCGCCAGGCUCGGGCAGCACAAAGAAUCAUCGUCGCCGCCGGGGCUCCUCGAGCAGCAGGCGGCAUCGAAUCAGCGCCGCAGCCAGCGGCGUCCCACCGCGGCAAUCGUGUCGUCGGCCGUGGGGGCGGGAUUUCUCCUCCUGGUGCUCGUCCUCGUGAUCUUGGUGUACCGCCGGGUGAAGAGAUCCAGCGCCCGGACGAUCAGCCCAGCGUCGGAGCAGCAAAGCCCCAUCCGGCUGCGGCGAUUCUCCUACCGCGAGCUAAGAUCCGCGACUGGACGAUUCAGCGACAGCCACAAGCUCGGGCAGGGAGGAUUUGGCUCGGUGUUCAAGGGGACGCUCAAGAACGGGCAGCACAUCGCGGUGAAGAAGCUCGACACGGCAUCGCUCCAGGGCGAGCGCGAGUUCAUGAACGAGCUGUCGAUCAUGGGGAGCAUGGCCAGCAGCCCGUUCGUGGUGGGAUUGAUCGGCUUCUGCGCGGAUUCCAAGCGCAAGAUGCUCGUCUACGAGUUCAUGGCCAACCGGAGCCUCCAGGAGAUCCUCUUCGACGAGAAGCACAGCGUGGUGCUCCAGUGGGAGCGGCGGGCCAAGAUCGUGGCGGAUGUGGCGAGGGCGCUGGCGUUUCUUCACGGGAAAUGCGAGCCCCCGAUUGUCCACGGCGAUGUCAAGCCCAGCAAUGUGCUGCUAGGGGCGGAUUUCGGGGCCAAGCUCGCGGAUUUUGGGCUGGCCAGGGUCAAGACGCAGGAAUCGGCGGCGGUGGACGAGCGGGAGCGCGUGAGAUCGCAGCGCAUCGCCAGGGAUCGAGAGAGGAGGAGGAAGAAGGAUCAUCACCAGUCUAGGGCUCAUCCGGCAACUAGGGUUCUUGAGCAGCACGAGGACGAGGAGAGCGAUCCACCAGUGCUUCCAGAUCGUGGAGCUCCUGCCACUGCCGCUUCUCCAGAUCCGGUGGGCUCCGCCGACCACACGACGAUCAAGAAUGUGGAGGAGGGCGACGAGAGGACGACCAACGAGAGAUCUGGCGAGGAGUCGCAAGGAUCGCCGGAGCUGCAGGCCGGUGAUCCCGGCAGCAGCGACAGCAAAUCUCCGGUGCUUUCGCCGAGCAAACAGGCCGCCGCGGAUCACGAGAACGACGACUUUGGCAAGGUCUCUCGGGGCGGAGCUGCGACGCCGAGUAGCAUUGGAGGCGGGCAGGACGACGACGAGGAGUGGAGCAAGCUGAGCCAGUCGGCGUAUGGGACCGAGGCCGAUACCUGGAGCAAGAUCAGCCCCUCGGAGAUCGAUUGCCGGUCCGAGAUAAGUUUCGAUGGCACGGGGCAGGGACAGGCCGGGAUCAAGAACUUCCUGGGAAGGAAGAAGCCUUGGGGGCAGAGGAAAGCGUCGGCUUCGCCAAGCUCUGGGAAUGGGAAGAACACUAACAAUGGGAGCCGAGACUGGUGGUGGAAACAGGAAAGCAGUGGUCAGCAGGGUGGUGGUGGUGGGGAGUUUAGCAUCCGGGAGUAUAUCGUGGACUGGGUCUCGUGUGAGAACCGGCGAGGGAGGUCGAGGACUCGCGAGUGGCCUUGGAAUGCAGCCAGCUCCGGUACCGCUGGUGCGGCGGCGGCUGGGACGAGUAGCGAGGGGAAGAACAACGUGAAGAAGAAGAAGAAGCAGGCGAGGUCCGGGAGCUUGGAGUGGUGGGCCGAGUGUGACGACGAUGACGAGCUCGCGAAGAGGAUCAAGGCGGAGCAGAAGCGGAAGAAGAAGUUGCGGAAGGAGCAGGAGAAGCUGGCGAUGAGCGUGAGCAGGGAGAGUAGCAGGGAUUGGUGGAGGAGAGAUCGGGAUCAGCCUGUGGAGUAUCAUGGUCCGGACGAGUUUAGUGGGGAGAUAUUGAAAAAUGGUGGUGGAGGAGGCAUCAAGCGGAGGAGCAUGAGCGAGGAAUCGUUUACUUUUUAUCACUCCGGUGAUUUUAACAACAGCAAGGCCGCCACCAACAGCGACACCAACAUCAACACCAACGACACUAACAGCAACACCAACAAUCCAAGCAAUAGCAUGGAACUGCUAGCAACCUUGGGCAACUCCGGUGGUGCUGCUGCUGCUCUUAUCAACAGCGAUGAUCACAGCCGGAGACGGGUUAGAACUCGCAGCCGAGAGUGGUGGAGUGGUGAAAUGCAGCGCGGCAAAGAGUGGUGGUCUGGAGAACUAACGAGCAACGAGACCAACAACAACAGGAAAGGUGGUAGGCUCUUUGAGACUUGGAGCAGGGAGUCACUGAGCGGGGAGCUAACGAGGCGCCGCCGCCGCGAGAGGUCGCGGUCGCAUUCCCGGGACUGGUGGUCUGGCGAUCUCGUCAGCCGCGUGAGCUCCACGCCGAGCAUGCGCGGCACCGUGUGCUACGUCGCUCCAGAGUAUGGUGGCGGUGGGGUGCUGACUGAGAAGUCGGAUGUUUACAGCUUUGGGGUGCUGCUCCUAGUGGUGGUGUCGGGGCGGAGGCCAUUGCAGGUGGUAGCGGCGCCGCUGAGCGAGUUUGAGCGAGCGAAUCUCAUAUCCUGGGCUCGCCAUGCUGCUCAAGCGGGGCGGGGGUUGGAUCUAGUGGACCCUCUUCUGGCCGGAGCCUACUCCAAGGAACAGGCAACGCUGUUUAUAUCUCUGGCGCUGCUGUGCCUCCAGAGGGUGCCGUCGCUCAGGCCUUCGAUGAGUGACGUGGUGAAGAUCUUCUCGGGAGAGGCCGAGCUGCCGGCUUUGCCGUUUGAGUUCUCACCUUCGCCACCGGGCUGCGGUUUCAAGUCGAGGAGGAAGGCUUCGGCGGAGCAUGUCGCGGUGGACAUGCCGUCGUGAGAAGGGAUUGAUUGCUCGAGUGCUGCUACUUGCUGCGCGGAUUCACAGCCAAACUGCUCGCUCGUCCACCAGAUGUUCUUCGAGUACCAGAAGUGAAAUGACUGGAUUGGCCUCCACGAACUCGAAGAUUCGUCUACCAGUAAUCUCCACAAGAACACACGCCGUCUUUGAAAAGGUGAAACCUGCUAGUGUCCCGGACGAUGAUCUCGCGACCUUCCAUGGUCCUUGACACGAACUUUGUGAACUCGUGGCAGUCCCGGCACACUCUCAGGUUCUUUAUAAUAUGAAUGGGAGAGUUUCUUUUA